CACGUUUUCAAAUGCAUGCAGAAACAUAGUGCAACACACAACUACAGUUUUGUCAUCCGAUCACUUUGUAUAUCUAUCUGAUUUGUUUUUAGAAUUUUUCGUAUCGCAAACGAACAUCAAUAAUUGUUCGUCCUACAAACCCCAAGUUUUGACUAUUCGCACACAACAAAGAACAACAAAAUAUUUGCAAGCCAGAUAAGUUGUAUUUUUAUGCAAAUUUCCAAUGCUUUGUGUCACACCCUCUGUAGAUUUUCUAAGUGCAUCGCUUUGCUCUAAAUUUCAUUAGAGCGGAGCAGGGAAAGAUCGAACUAUGGCACAACCCGUUUCUUAUAAGAAAGCUCCAGACGAUGGUGACGUCCUUCUUGAAAUGGUUGAGCCCUCAUUCCACGCGAAAGGUAGCGAGCCGAAGGGAUUAUACUUGGAAGACGCCGGACCAAAUAAGAAGAUUGACUAUGCCCUUGUGUACGAACGUGGUGAGGAAAAAGAAAAUAAAGACGAGGAGGCUAAGGAAAAAGCUCAGAAACUCGAAGGCAUGAGAAAAUCAUUUGAAGCCAGUCUCGACAGCGCUGGAUUGGUCAUUGAACGUAAAGAGCACACAUUACCUCAGGAUCCCAAAACCAAACGACAUUUUGUCCUUAUUCAUGCCCCAUGGGAAGUGCUGGCCAAAAAAGCGGAAGCAAUGCGUGUAAAAGCCCCAUUCCAAGAAAAUGACAUCUUGAUUAAGUCUUGGAUGGAGGAGAGACUCGGAAGUGAUAGAAUGGAGUCAUUAAGGAAGAGAAAUCCUCUAAUUGUACAUGAUUCCACCAUUGAAGACAAAGGAAACUUUUUCAUGGCUAACUUCAGACGAGAAAAUGUAACCAAGUUCGUCAACCAUCAAAACAAGGAGACGUUUUUUGAUAACGUCGACCGCGUCUACAUCGUGCAGCAAAUUUGUGGCGGCGCCCGCUUUGCGGAGGGCCCUCACGGUGUUGGGCUGAAAAAGUUGAUCUACGAAGGUGCAUACAUAGCAGGAUACCCACUUCACGAUGGUCCCGUUCGUCUUGAGCCUGGCGAAGAGCCCUCGAAUGACCGACAACGGCUCAAGCGUGACUGGGCCAGAUUUGGAAGAAUGGCCAAAUUCCAGCCAUACGGAGCAAUCAAGGAUUACUUUGGCAGUGAGAUUGCCUUGUACUUUGCCUGGCUUGGAUUUUACACGGCGUGGUUGGUACCUCUUGCUAUUAUCGGUCUUGCUGUGUUCCUGUAUGGAAUCGGUUCGGCUGGUAGUCACGCCCCAGUCAAAGAUGUCUGCGACGACAAAAACAAGGAUGUGUGGUAUAUGUGUCCACUGUGUGACAGACAGUGUAGCUACUGGGACCUAGCUUCCACCACGUGCAUUUACGCUUACGUCACCCACUUCUUCGACAACGAUUGGACAGUUGGUCUUGCUUUAAUUGCGUCAAUUUGGGCGACUUUGUACCUUGAGUUUUGGAAACGUCGUCAAGCCUCCCUUGCUCAGGAAUGGCACACUGAUGAUUUCGAAGAGGAAGAAGAGCCCCUUCGCCCAGAGUACUCAGCUACAGUGACGACCCUAAAGAAGAAUGAAGUUACCGGUAAGAUGGAACCGUACGUCCCCAAAAAAACACUGUACUCUCGCUACGGUGGAGUCUUUAGCAUCAUAAUCUUUUUUAUCUUGCUUGUCAUCGCCGCUGUCGUGGGUGUUGUCGUGUACCGAGCAGCAGUUUUCGCCUCCUUGAGCGGGAACGAAGACGAAACAGUCCAAACACGUGCUAGGAUCAUCACCUCCUUAACAGCAGCUCUACUCAAUCUUCUUGCCAUCAACCUGCUAAAGUUCGUCUACAGCAAACUGGCCGUCUGGUUGACGGACUGGGAAAAUCCACCGACUCGCACCGACUACGAGGACAGCUUCACUUGGAAAAUGUACCUGUUCCAGUUUGUAAAUACGUACGCGUCCAUUUUCUACAUUGCUUUCUUCAAGUCUGGGCUCGUGGUAGGAACUCCAAGCAGAUACAAGCGGAUUGCGGGUGAAUUCCGAUUGGAUGGCUGCAGCGAGCAAGGGUGCUUUUUGGAGCUUUGCGUUCAGCUUCUUAUUAUCAUGGUGGGACAGCAGAUCAUCGGAAAUAUUACGGAAGUUGCAAUCCCGAUGGUCAUGUAUUGGCUCAAAAGUCGCAAGGAAGAAACGACAGACCAGCCACAAUACCAACGAGACUUCGACUUGAGUCCCCAGGGUGACCAUUCCAUGUUUUGGGAGUAUCUUGAAGUUGUUUUGCAGUACGGAUUUGUGACUAUGUUCGUGGCUGCCUUUCCAUUGGGUCCGCUUUUCGCUCUUCUCAAUUCCAUCGUCGAAAUUCGUGUAGAUGCCAUCAACUUUGUGGACCAGUUUCGGAGACCCGAUAGCGCACGUGCAGAAGAUAUCGGAGCCUGGUUUCGUAUUCUUCAGGGUGUGACAAAACUGUCAGUUCUGGUGAAUGCUUUUGUGUUAGCGUUCACCUCAGAGUACAUCCCUAAGCUACUGUACAAGAUGAAGUAUGCACCUGACCGUGAUGAACCAGGUGGAGGCACCCUUAAAGGAUAUCUAAAUAACAGUUUGGCUCAUAUUGAUAUUGCGUACAUCUACCAACAAGAACCUGGAACACAGCCAGAAAAUCCCUGGGAAAAUUUAAAUUACACGAGGCCAUACUGCAGGUACCCGGGCUAUUUUGACAUGAAUCCACCUUACAAACAGAACAAGCAGUACUGGCACAUCAUUGCUGCACGCCUCGCUUUCGUGUUCGUAUUUCAGUUUUCUGUUUACCUGAUCACCAGCUUCAUAUCUUGGGCUGUCCCAGAUGUUCCUAAGGAUCUGGAUUUAAAGGUGAAGCGGGAAACACAUUUGGCCAAAUUGGCCUUCAAGAAGAAGAAUGAUGAUUACCCAGAAAAAGGCGAGGAUGUCCUCAAUGGAAGCGAGAUGCUGUAGAGCGACAAAAAGAAUUGAAAGAAAACACUGCGAUGACAAUGCCCAUAUAUUAACGUUACAGGAAGACAUUUUAAAUAAGGUAGUUUAGGAUCAAAACACCGGCAUUGAGUUCGCAAGUGCAGCGUACGAAAGAUCAGUAACAUUGUUCUAAUAGAGAACGUUAAUUUUUUGACAGAUGGAACUCAUCAUUUCAGUAGAGUAAAAAACUAACAAUAACUUACAACUGUAAUGAAGCAAAUCCAGAAAACGCAAACUUGGGCGUCAUUUGUUUUUUUGAUGUGGCUCUUCAUCAUUGUAUAUGAUGUCACUGGGCCAUAUUUGUAUACCACUGUUAUGUAAUUUCUUUUUGGAAAUUGGCUUCUAUUUUUGUACAAAUAUUUUCCAGCAUUUAUGUUCAUUACGCUGGUUAAAUGAUUACCGUGUUGUAUAAGUUAAAAAGCAACUGAAAAAAAAAAAAAAAAA